AUCGUAUGCAUAACGAUACUACCUUGGUAUUCUGCGCGUUGCACCAAGACUGUAUACGGAGGCAUGGUCUUGAUAAAACGUCCCUCAUCGACACCAGGCUGGGUGUACGGAGUAUGACCUGCCAGUCAACGACAUUGCGUUCUUGGGUAUAGAAUGAUCGUGCUUUCUUGCACCUCGACACACCUUUCGCAUUGAUCGCCGAGAACAACGCCAUCAUGUGGUUGUUGGCACUUGGCGCACUCGCCAUUGUCCUAGUGUGGCUGGUUAGAGUCAACUCGGCCAUGCACAGCGUACCGGAGGAGGUCCGAAAGCUGUCACCUCGCCGUUGGACUAACGAUGAGCUCUGGGACACGUAUAACCGCCUAAAACAGACGCCGAUCGACUUUCGCAAACUCUUGCCGCCCCGGCUGGAAAGGCGCUAUGUUGUCGUUGGCGGGUCCGGGCUUGUCGGGGGAGACAUAGUCUUACAGCUUCUCCAGCGCGGCGAGUCCCCUGAGAGCAUCCGCGUCGUCGACUUUGUGCCGCUCAACCGGCGGGACAUGUUGGACGCGGCGGCUGGCUGUGACUUUGUGAAGGCCGACAUAACUUCCAGGUCGUCCGUAGAGGCAGCCUUCGCCAGACCGUGGCCCGAAUCUGUGGCGGGGAGACCGCUGACAGUCUUCCAUACCGCCGCAAUUGUUCGGCCUCAAGAGCGCAGUCCCCUGAUAUACCAUCGUAUCAGCCGCGUGAACCGGGAUGGUGCCAUCAACGUUCUUGAAGCUGCCAAGGCAGCCGGCGCCGACAUUUUCAUAGCCACAUCUUCAGCAUCCUGCAGCAUCAUUCCUCCGGGGUGGUGGGUCUGGCCGUGGCAGAGCACGCCCGAGAACUACUUCCAGAUUGCCACCGAGAAAGACUUCUAUGCUCCCCUGCGCCCGCACAACCGCUUCUUCUCCAAUUAUGCCCGCGCCAAAGCCGAGGCUGAGCGCGCCGUCUGCGCCGCAAACCAAGAAGGCUUCCGGACUGGCACCGUCCGCCCGGGCAACCCCAUCUACGGACAGAAGUCUGACCCCGUUGUCGGGAUACUUCUCCGCAUGGGUGACAACGUGUCUUGGAUCCCCCACAUAGUCCAGAACUUCGUCAACUCCCGCAACGUCGCGCUCGCCCACCUGCAGUUCGAAGCCGUGCUCGCCCAGACCGACAAGCCCAUGCCGACCUGCGCAGGUCGCACCUUCAAUGUGACGGACGAGGGCCCGCCACCGGCCUUCGCCGACAUCUACGCCGCGACGCAGGGGCUGUCGGCCACGCGCGUCCGCGUGACGUUCCAGAACCCGCUGGUCCUGUUCCUCCUCGCCCACGCCGUCGAGGCGUGGUGUCUCCUCCUGGCGCGUCUUCCCUUCCUGACCAAGCUGGGACUGAGGGAGCCGAGCGGACCGCUCCACAUGCUCCAGCCGUCGGUCUGGAGCGUCGCCAUUCACGCCCUGAUAGACGACAGCCAGGCGAGGAAGAGCGUUGCCGAGGGGGGGAUUGGCUACCGAGCUGCCUGUACGACGUUGGAGGGUGUCUGCGAGGAGAUUCUGGAGUGGAAUCGGGAGCAUGAGGGUCACGGUGGUGGUGGCGGUGAUGCUGCGGUUAAAGAGGGCCCUGAUGGCAAGGUGGCUAAGGCGGCCUUGACUGCGAAAGGUGUCGUUGCGUGAAGCGUGGCCUGAAGACCGGUGGGCGAGUCUUGGCCGCAUCGAUAGGGUGGAACAACACUAGUGACUACCUAUGCCUGGUGGGAUGCCAACUCGCCUGGUAGGUUGCCUAAUCCAUAGCAGCAGCGCAUCAACAUUUGUGUUCUGAAUCUCCAGUGUCGGGAUGGGACGAAAAUGGA